AUGAGAAGCAUACUCCUAAGCUUAAUCACCAUCCCGUUGUGUCUAGUUGCAGCCCAUGAGGCGAUCAAUAUCAACGACCAAGCCGGCUACGAAGUAUGGCUCACAAGAGAUCGGGCAAGCGGGAGAUGCGACGUCCUAUCUGCUCGUUCGAUUCUGCUGCAUAAAGCACUCCGUCAUACUCCCUCUCACGCUGAAAUCAAACCUUCCCGAUGCAUGCAAGACUCGCGGUCACUAUGCCAAACUGAUGACAUCCUUGUGGUAGGCUACGAUCUCGGAACCAUACACCACGAUAUAGCUCGGGAAUGCAUAGAUUUUGAUACUGAACCUGGUAUAAAUCCGGCUCAACCGCAAUUGUUUCUCUUUCAUUCCUAUGCUCCCGAGCUCGACAUCAAUCCUUUGCCUGACUUAAUUACUGGUCCGACACCCAACCGAAUCAACAUUGUGUUCUUUUCUGACGGUUACACUUCCGACGAGAAGCAACGAUUUAUUGAUGAUGCUACCCGACUUGGGCAUGCAAUUAGUGUCAACCAGACGUACGCGCCAGUAGCACCCCUCAUUAACUUUUGGGGCGCGUUCACGCCAAGCAAAGAAUCAGGGAUUGGAGUGGGCGGAAAGCCCAAAGACACUGUCUACGGACUAUAUCGCGACGGGACCGAACUUCGUGGGGUAUAUACGUCCAAACCUAAGGUAGCUAGCGCAGCCUGCAAAAGCAUGGGAAACCAGUGCAAUUAUCCAAUACUAUUAGGAAACGACCCACUGUACGGAGGAUUAGGAGGAGAAUUCACGAUUUCCACCGCAUCAGUGUUAAACGGUCCAUUAGUUCUCAGGCACGAACUCGGCCAUUCGAUUAUUUGGGUUGGGGAUGAAUACGACGGCAGCAUGUACUUUGGAGUUAACGCGGAUAACUACACCCAUCGUGACGAAACUAUCGGUUGGGCCCACUGGCUCUCAGACCCUGCCUCCCCUCCUCGGAUCGAGCGCAACUCUGUUCCAUUAUUGGUCUACCCAUGGACGAUGCUCAACAAAUCAACACCUUGGUCGACUAACUUCACGGUUGAUGGAACAUUCGACUCUGCCCUCUUGCGAACCUCCCUUUCUGGAAUCCCGGAAAGCUCUCAUCUCACGAUCACUCUCGAUGGAACUACUGUCACAUGGGAGGCAAACCCAGAGAUCGGUCUGGACCGAUGGUUUUAUGAUGUACCCAUUCGCAAACUGGCGAAUGAUACACACGAGUUAAAAUUUGUGUUAGAGGAGAAAGGAAAAGAGGGUUUGGCGCAACUGUGUAGUUUGGAGGUAAUUGAAUAUGGGAAUGCUACCGAGUUCAAUUCGACUGAAGGAUACGUAGGUGCCUUCCCGACAUACUCUCCACUUGAAUACGAAGACCCCGACCCAGAGCCCGACCGCCCGGCCCUGCACGAUCAUCACACUCACAAAAAAUGGGCAACUACAUCGUACCGCCCAGCUAAUGAAGACUGCUUGAUGCGACAAGUUGCCCAGCCUAAUUUUUGCGUUGUUUGCACUGAAGGACUUUGGCUCCGGCUGCUCAGCCGAGUUAGUCUAAUUGACAAAGUUUCGUUUUAUGACUCGCUGAAGGGAGAUGCUGAUACGGGCAUUGAACUCUCGUUGAUCUCCUUGGCGCAAUUUAGGUCGCCUGCCGAAGCUGAAUACCUUGCUCGGAAGGGAACCGAGGAAACGUAUCUCAUCAGGUGGUUCACUUAUGGACAGGAAGUGAAAAAGUGGCAAAACUCAACUAGGGUAGAUGUUGAGUGUCGUGCGGUGGGGAUAAUCGAAGUUGAAGUGGAAUUUGUGAGUAGCGAGAUUAGGAAGGACGAGAAGGGGUAUACGAAAGACCGGUACAGGUUGUUGUUGGACUGCUAG